AUGAACGCAUCGUUGACCGGUAAAGGUGGUAAAGGUGGUGGUAAUGGUGGUAUUAGUGGUUCAGGAGGACUGAUUUCGCGCCGGACGACGAGCAAUGGCGGCGCGAACUCGUUACCCGGGGAAUCGCCAUCCAACGAAACGUUCGUCACGCAGACGUUAAAAACAGUCGACGUGUUCAAAAGAAACGACGCUUUAGAAGAGUUUAGCAAAGAAGGCUCGAACAAAGGCGGCGUGUUGACGCUCUUAUUCGCGUGGUUUAUUUUUGGAUUGGUCACUUCGCAAGUGCAAAAGCUAUUCGCGACGUCGAUGAGGACGGAUUUGAGCGUCGAUCACGACAUGGAUCCGACUUUGGUCAUGCAAUUUGAUGUGAGCUUUCCCGCGAUUAACUGCGAGCACCUUUCUGUGGAUUUAGUCGAUGCGGUUGGUCACAGAGCGUUCAACUUGAGCGGUGAGAGCAUUUAUAAGCACUCGAUGUCGAAAGAAAUUCCGUAUUUGGCGAUCGAACACGCGACGAUGGGUGUCGGGUCGAGGCAACAUUUUCACGCGAUCGCGCCGAGGUCGCUACACCCGUAUUGGGAAGGAGAUGAAGGUAAACCCCUAGGACGAAUCGUGCAAGGCGACGAGUUCGAUUAUAUCGUCGGCGAUGACGAUAAUGAAUACGGCGGUGAAGUAAACGACGAAGAAGAGGCAAAUGACAAAAGCAGUCUCGAGCAACGACGAGACGAGUACGGAUACAGGCGUUUUGCUUUGCUCUUAAACUCGGAAAAUUUCAAGAGAAACGUCAACGCACACGGAGUUCUUUUAGUGAAUUUCCACGCGCCUUGGUGUUCGCACUGUGCAGCAUUGGCGCCGCACUUUGAACGAGGCGCUCAACUCGUUCAAAAAGCUCUCGCAAAGUCGUUGAACUCGAGACUUUCUGCCGCGUUCGCCGGCGUGGACUGCACCGCGGAGGAAAAUAAAAAGCUUUGCGACGACGAAAAGAUACUGGCCUACCCGACGAUACGAGUGUAUAGAGGAAGUUCGAGCGACGCAAUCUUGCUCAAUAAGAGUAAAGGAGACAUUCGUCAUUUCGAAGUCUAUCACGGACCAAGGACAUCAGAAGCUAUGGCCGAAUUCACACUGAGUUUGUUGCGAACGAUGCGGGAAAACGAUACUCGAACGAUAAACGAUGCGCCUUCUACAUCUUCUUCUUUUUCUUCUUCUGAUGGAGGUGGGGGCGAAGAAGAAAAGCCACCGAGAAACGUUCGGGCGCAUCGCUUAGGGUACGAUUUCGAUAGAGAUGGUCGACAUGAAUCCACCGUUCGCUCGUCUGGAUGUACGGUGGAAGGAAGGAUUCGUUUGGCGAAGGUUCCGGGAGCCGUAUAUUUUAGCGCUCGAAGUUACGGCCAAACCAUCGAUCUUCACCGAAUCAACAGCACUCACAUCAUCAACCACUUUUCGUUCGGCGAGUACGUGCCAACAACGUCGACGAAACGUUCGUACGUCCCCAAGAAGUUUCGUAAAGCGUGGUCUUUAGCGGCCAAAGACGGCGGCGGUAAAUUCGCCACGGAGAAAGGCUUCGCGAAAGGCGAAAACAUUUUCAGUUCGCAGCAUAGAAAUACCAUCCACGAACAUCACAUGCAAGUCGUCACCCGGUCUAUCGUUCCGUUGAACGCGGCUACGUUGACGUUGAACGAAUACACGUUCUCUUCGAAUAAGUUCAAAAUCUCACCUUCGUCUGCGCAACAAGAGAGUUCGUCGUAUUUCGACGGCGUUCACGGCGAAGAUAACGACUUCUCCAACGGCGCGACGCACGCGAUAUCGAAGAGAGGCGCGUACGUCAAGUUUACCUUUGCAAUAUCACCGAUAGCGAUUUCGCACGUUGAAACGGAACAGAAUAUAUUCGAAUGGUUGAUUAGUUCAGUGACGGUUCUCGGCGGCGUCGUCGCGUUUACGUUUGCGCUCGAGUCGAUGUUACACUCGAGCGUUCGAAAAGCGGCGAGGAUGUAUCGGAAAAGAAUGCUCGCCGCCUCCAAGUGCACGUGA